AUGUUCUAUGGUCGAUCCAUCUGCAGGUCCAUAGGCAGAUCGACUAGUGGUCUAUCAAGCUGUGUCUCGGUGAGUCGCAAGGCGCGCCUUCCCUGUGUAGCAGGAAGAUGGUCUUAUGCUAGAGGGGGGCAGAUCGCACAGAUUUGCAGAUCGUACGGAACAACUACCAUCCACGCUGGCGAACUCUCCUUCGGACAACCCCUUCACGAGACUCAUCCGCACCUCCUGCAACCUGGCGAACUCACACCAGGCAUAACAGCUCAGGAAUAUUAUGAUCGGCGCACUCGUCUUGCUGGGAAGCUGCCGAAAGGCGCAGUAGCAGUUGUUGCAGCCGCUGAGCUUGUCCAGCGAACCGGCAGUUGCUUCCACGAAUUUCAUCAAGAUCCAGACUUCUUGUACCUAACCGGUUUCAAUGAGCCAGAAGCGCUCGCCGUGAUAGGCAAGAGUCAGGAUGCCCAUGGCCACUUCUUCCAUCUCUACGUAAGAGAGAAAGAUCGCAAGGCCGAGAUAUGGGAGGGUAGCAGAUCCGGUACACAAGCUGCGGUGGAUGUAUUUAAUGCGGAUGAGACUGGGGACAUUUCGAGCAUAAAGACAAUCCUGCCACGAGUUCUGAGUGAUGCUACCCAAGUCUUCACGGACAUUACUCAGCCCGAUCAGGGCGUGUCCGGACUAUGGCGUUUCCUCUACGGUACUCCGAGGCGGAAGACAGACUUUUCAGAACUCAUCGAUUCGAGAAAGAUCAAGCAGCUACGACACAUUAUCAACGAGCUUCGAGCGUACAAGAGUCCUGCCGAGAUCGAGCUUAUGCACCGUGUAGGGCGAAUGUCGGGCAAAGCCCAUACAGAUGCGAUGAGACAAUCCUUUACGGGUGAAAGAGAUUUGGAUGCAUAUCUGCGCUACAAGUUUAUCACGAAUGGCUGCGACCAGAUCGCCUACGAGCCAGUCGUCGCAGGCGGCAAGAACGGCUUAGGCAUUCACUAUGUUCGUAACGAUGAUGUCCUGCACGACGACGAGAUGGUGCUCAUUGAUGCAGCUGGCAAGAAAGGGGGCUACAUUUCAGACAUUACACGAACAUGGCCCGUCAAGGGGAAGUUUUCGGCGGCGCAACGAGAUCUAUACUCUGCUGUUCUAAUUGCUCAAAAGUCGCUAGUAAGUAUGUGUCGAGCAGACGCGGAUGUCUCACUGGAUAAGCUUCACAGCAUAACCGAAAACCUGCUUACCGACAAUUUGAAACAAAUCGGAUUUGACAUGUCAGGAAAGGCAGUCGAGACGCUUUUCCCGCAUCACAUCAGUCACUAUAUAGGCAUGGACGUGCAUGAUACUGCGGGCUACUCGAGGAAGGCGAUCGUCAGGGAAGGUCACUGUAUCACUAUCGAGCCUGGCAUCUACGUGCCUGACGAAGACAGAUGGCCAAAGCAUUUCCGGAAUAUGGCUAUUCGGAUCGAGGAUAGUGUGGCUGUGGGCGAGGAGAAGCCACUCGUUCUGACAAGUGAGGCUGUAAAGGAUAUUAAAGAGAUCGAAGCAUUGCGCGAUUAG